AUGUUUGAAAUAUUUAAAACAUUCGGAUUAGCUACAAUGUCUAUGUCUAAAUACUCAAAGAAAAAAGAAAUAAAUUACCAAUCUCUUUUUUCAUACUCGUAUAGAGGUAUGACAUAUAACAUAAUACUCAUUUUUAUUUUGAUCAUUGCUGGAACCUUUAAAGUUUACGAAUGUGUAAAUAAAUUGCAAGAUGAUUCCAAAAUGAGUUUAGCUAUUGAUGUUUUUGGUAAUUUUAUUAUUUAUGCAGUGUCUAUAGUUGUAUUAAUCAAGUAUGUCACAAGUCAGCGUUUAGCCGUCAAGAUUGGUAACGAGUUGUACUUUGGUGAUUUAAUUUUAAAAAAGUUUGAUAAUCUUUAUAAAGAGAAGACUCUAUUUACUCACUAUGCAUUAAUUUUAAUAUUCGAUUUUGCUAUUUGGUUAUGUGUUAUUAUCGUUGGCCUAUUUUGUGAUAUAACGAUGUUUGAAAGUAUUUUAACUCACAUACCUAAUUUUAUCAUAAGUUGCUUAGUAAUUCAAUAUGUUUUUAUUAUUACUCUUAUACGUGGCAUGGCUACUACCGUAAACAAUCAACUGAAGAAAUAUAUUAGUUGUAUAUCUUCUAGAGCUGUACUUCAAAAAUUUCAAAGAAUUCCUACAUCCGUAGCUUAUUUAUCCCAAAUUGAACAAAUAACAACACUACGUAAAUUAUGUCUUAGCCUGUAUGAUAUUUCAGAUGAUGUUUCAAGAUUUUAUUCGAUUCCUAUAUUAAUAUGCAUCACAAAACUGUUUUUUUCUAUUUUAUUAAAUACGUAUUUUUUUAUAAAACCUUCUAUAUUUGGAAAAAGUAUAAUUACUAAUAUGAAUGAAGUCUGGUCCAUAUGUUGGUUAUCACUGGACAUGUUUUCUCUUCUUAUCUUAACACGGUACAUAACAAUUACAGUAAACGAGGUGAAAAAAACGGGAGAUAUAGUACAUCGAAUUUUAUACUCCUCGCUAGAUAGUGAAGUUGAGAAACAGUUAAGAAAUUUAUCAUUUCACUUGCUCCAUAAACAAAUUCAAUUUUCGGCUAUGAAUAUGUUCUCUUUAGAUUCAACGUUAUUGCAGUCGGUAAUUGGUUCAAUGACCACGUAUUUAGUUAUAUUGAUUCAAUUUCAACGAGAAAACGGUACCUCUGAGAAAAAUUUUAAGUCUUCAGUAUGAAAAUAUAUUUUCAUACCUUUAACG